AGGGAGGUGAGAAGGCGCUGGGCAGUGCUGGGCAGUCGGGAGGGAGCAGGGCUCGGCUCCCGUUAGGGAGGGGGUACAAGGAGGUGCCAGGACACGGAGUGGGACCAGGUAAAGUCAGGCUAGGCUGAUGGGGGUUACUGCGGGUGUCAGAGGUGUUGGGCCACGGGUGGGUGCUGGUAGCGAGUGGUGCUUGCCCGGGCAGAGCCGCCGGGGGCUGAGCCUGCCUGUCCUUCCCUCUAGGAUGCAGCGGUGGCCAGUGGUGCUUUUCCUGGCCUGGGUUUGCUUUCUCUUUUUUGCUGGUAUCGGGCUCUUCAUGAGCGGCUUCCUGCUCACCCGGAUCGAGCUUGCCAGCAGCAGUUCCUGCUCAGACCCACUCGUGCCUCCACCCUGGGAGAGGCAGAGCCUCCCGCCAGGCUCCUGCUGGGCUCCCCAACGCUUCUCCAAGGCCGUGCUCGUCAUUAUUGACGCCCUUCAUUUUGAGUUUGCCCGCUUUGACCCUGCCAAGGCCAGCCCUCUGCCCUACGAGAACAAGCUGGGUGUCCUGCACCAGCUGGCCACCUCCCAGCCUCGCCAUGCCCGGCUCUACCGCUUCCGAGCCGACCCCCCCACGGCCACCAUGCAGCGCAUCAAGGGCCUCACCACCGGCUCACUGCCCACCUUCAUUGACGUGGGCAGCAACUUCGCCUCCUACGCCAUCCAGGAGGACAACCUGCUGGCACAGCUGGUGCAGAACGGAAGGAGAGUGGUCUUCAUGGGUGAUGACACGUGGGAAGGACUCUUCCCAAAGAAGUUUUUCCGCUCCUAUUUCUUCCCUUCUUUUAAUGUGAAGGAUCUUCACACUGUGGAUGACGGGAUCCUGCAGCAUCUCUAUCCAACUGUGGACAGUGGUGAGUGGGAUGUGCUGAUUGCUCACUUUCUCGGCGUGGACCACUGUGGGCACAAACACGGACCCGACCAUCCCGAGAUGGCAAAGAAGCUCACCCAGAUGAAUGAGAUGCUCAGGUCCUUGGUGGAUCACCUGGGGAAUGACACUCUUCUUCUGGUGGCUGGGGACCAUGGCAUGACAGAAACUGGAGACCAUGGUGGCGACAGCGAGAAGGAAGUCAAUGCAGCACUGUUUGUGUACAGCAGGGCACCCCUGUUUGGCAGUGGCCCUCCAGAGGAGCCUGAGACCAUUCCCCAAGUGAACCUGGUGCCCACUGUGGCCCUGUUGCUGGGGGUGCCCAUCCCCUACAGUAAUAUUGGGGAGGUGAUGGCCGAGCUGUUCGCUGGGGAUGGUGAUGCUGUGUCUGCAGCCUUGCAGCAGCUCUCAGUCUAUCACAUCAAUGCCAAGCAGGUGGAUCGCUUCCUGCAGUCCUACUCGCUGGUGGCACAGGACCUGCCAGCAGAGCAGCUCCAGCACCUGCAGGAGCUCUUCUCCAGUGCUGUGGAAGAGCACACGCAGCUCCUGACCCAGGUGCAGGGGACGACAGUGCCUCCGGAGCUCGAGCCGAGGCUGGGAAGCCUCAUCAGUCGCUUCCAGCACUACUUGCGGGAGGCACGGGCUGUGUGCACCCAGUCCUGGGCCCGCUUCCACCCCCUGCGUAUGGUGGGGGGCUGCAUCCUGAUUGCUUCCUCCUGCUUGCUCUGCUACAUGGCCUCAGAGCUGGCCACAUCCUCACAAUCUUUCUGUCGCAGCUGCCUCCUCUACCCACUCUUCUGGGGCCCUGUGGGGGCUGCUCUGCUAUGGCUGGUUCACGUUUUCACCCAGGAGGGGCUGGAUCUGCUCCUGGUGUCAUCAUGGGCAGCUGCUGCUUCUCAGCUGGGUUUUUUCUGGCACUGGUGGGGCCAGCAUCUCAAGAGAGCCCGUUUGACAGGCAGCCAGCCACCCUUGGCCAGUGGUGGCCUGAGGCAGAGGCUGCGAGCAUGGCUGGGGCUGGCCUUCCCCAUGGGCAUUCUGUUCUUCCGCUGUGGAGCUAUGUUCUCUGACAGCUUUGUUGUGGCCGAGGCACGGGUGAAGCCGUUCCUGCUGGCCUCGCUGGUGAUGUUGCUAGUAGGGAAGCUCCACUGGGAUGGUCGUCUGACUGUGCCAGAAAGUCCCAAGCAGCAGCUCCUUGGCUUUUCUUCUUACCGGAGAGAGAUCUGGUACCUGCUGUGCCUCGUGGCCAUGUUCCUGGUCUGCGUGCGCCUCUCCAGUUUCUUCCACCAGUGCCGCGAAGAAAUCCCGCAGUGCCGGCCCUCUGUUUUCCUCUCCCCGCUUGCUAGCCUGAAAAACACACGGGCCAAGAACCUCUUCUACCUCCUGUGCGUGGCCUUGCUGGCAGGGCUGGUGUAUGCAGUGCAGAGCUGGUUAAGGCACUAUGGCAACUUGAACAGCUCGGGCCCCCUCGUGCUCUUCGUGCGCUGGGGUUUCCCACUGGUGGUCCUCUGCAUUGCCUGCUACUGGGCUGUUGCCUCCAGUGCUGAUGACUCUCUUGGCAAGCUGCAGGAGCUGGUGCAGGUUGCAGUUGUUGUCUUUCCCAGGGCUGUCUAUGGGCUAGCAUCUGUGGGACUGCUGCUCCUGCUGUGCAAUCCCAUGACAGUGUUUGCAAAGGACACACGGGAGUCGGCAGGAUCCAUUGUCACUCCCUACCUGGGGGUUCCUGGCUCCGAAGUCGACUUCCUCCACGUCAUCCCUCAGAUCUACAAGAGGAUGCAGGAGUCUCAGAAGAGCCGGCUGGAGCGGGGCAGCUGCAGGGCCACUGUUGCAGCAUAUGGGCUGGGCAGCGUGUACUCAGCAGCCCUGGUCAUAGCCCUCACCCUCCUGGGAUUCCUGUUGAUGCUUCUGCACAGCGAGCGGCUGAGCUUUGCCUUCCUGCUCCUCUUCCUGGAGGCCUUUGUGCUGCUGCACAUCCAUACAUGUGCCAGAGGCCUUGCUGGAGAUGCUGAGCUGUUUUCAGUGCCGUGGUAUGCAGUCAUCUCCUGGCUCCUGGCUGCUUCACAGUUCUUCUAUUCCACAGGCCACCAGCCUAUCUUUCCAGCCAUCCACUGGAAUGCUGCCUUUGUUGGCUUCCACCUUGAUCACAGCACAAACCUGUUGCCUGCUGUCCUGGUGGGCGCCAACACCUUUGCCUCCCACAUUCUCUUUGCAGUUGGCUGCCCGCUGCUCCUGCUGUGGCCCUUUGUGUGUGAGAUGUCCAGCUCCCAGAGGAAGAAGCCCAAGAAGGAGUCCCGGGAGGAGCUGCAGGAGGUGGAGGAGCACAUGAUGGAAAUGAGGCUGCGGGAGUCUCCAGAGCAGUUCUCCACUGCUCUGUUGCGGCUGGGAUUGAAGUACCUCUUUGUCCUUGGGGCACAGCUUCUGGCCUGUGUUUGUGCAGCUAUGAUCCUCAGGAGACACCUCAUGGUUUGGAAGGUCUUUGCCCCAAAGUUCCUCUUUGAGUCGCUGGGCUUUGUGGUGAGCAGCAUCUGCCUCUUGCUGGGGAUCUCCCUGGUGAUGCGUGUGGACUGUGCCGUCAGCACCUGGUUCAGCCAGCUUCGGCUGAGGUAGCCCUGGGGACGUGAGGAGCCUGACCUGCUCGUCGGCCCAGGCUGUGGUUGUCUCCUGGCCUCUCUCGGGCUGGGAGGGACACACGAGCCGCCAGCAAACAGUGCCUGCCGACAGCAGUCAGGGGUUAUCCCCAGCUCCCUGCUGCUGUGCUGAACAAAAGGACUGGAGCCAACUGUUCCUGGCUCAGGGGAUGGUGUUUCUCAGCAGGGGAGGUCAGAGCUCUCGCUAGGCCUUUGCUGGCAGCAGGAGGGCUCUGCUGCAGGAGCCCAAGAAGCAAGAGUCCUGAAGUGCUCCUCUGGAGAAACACCAAUGGGGUCUUGCUGCUACUUUCCUGACACCUGCCACAAUGUGCAGCUGGUAGGCUUCAGCAGCCAGCAAGGUGUCCCCUUGACUGUGCAAAGACUUCACAGGUUGGGGCAGGGUUGGAAGAGGAGGGAAUGUCCCACAGCCACCACUUGUUUUCACGUGCUCAGUUUUCACACUGGAAUCACACAUGCUGAUGGUUCCUGGAGCCUCGGUGGCAGCUACUCCUCUGUAAAGCCAGUCAGUUGCUCUGUAGUGAGGCUUCUCUUGCCCUACACUCCCACUUUCCUGGUUCCCCUCAGCCCCGUGAGGUGCAGUGGGGAGCACUCUGGGCUGCCUUGUACAGCAGGCUUAGCUUGGGCCAAUAGUAGCAGGGACAGCUGUGUGCAUGACCGAGAAAUUCUCCACUUCAUUCUCAACCUGUCAGGGUCCCUGUGGGCUGGGUGGUAGCAGCCAAGCUCUUGAUCUCUUCCUGGGUGUGUGCUGCUGUUGACAGAACAGUUAAGAUGCCAGGGGGAUGUAGUAACAGAAUAGGGGCUAACACCCAUACUGGGCCUGGCCAGUAGGCAAGGGGAACCUUGAGUAGCUGUCCCAGCUGCAGGAGUAACCUUGGUGUGAGCUCCAGAGCCACUUGAAAGGCUGGAGCAGUCACCAGUUGUUUUGGGAAGUGGUUUAACUUACUGGUGUCAGUGUGUGUGCUGGGUGCUAUGGACCACGUGCAGUCAAUCACGUCCAUGAUCCCGUGUUUGGGGCUUGUCUCCCUCUUGGCCUUGGCAUUCUCUGUGAGACUUCAUGCCACAAGUAAGCUAUGCCAAACAUGCCCUUGACUGCUCACAGUCAGGAGACAUGGUGGUUUUUUUUUUAUAGGCACAGGUGGAGGGUGGUGAUCUGGUGCCUGGCCACAUCCCAGCUCAAUUCCUCCUGCAAUUUCCAUUGGACCUGGGAUCCCAUACUGCCCUGAACCACUGUGUGGCAUUACUUGGUGCUAUGAAACCUUUUGUCUCCUUCCUCUCUGGAAAGAGACAAAGACUGCUUGCCUGGGAUUUCUGCAACGCUAUUUGCCCAAUCCCAUUAAUUUUUAACUCAUGCACCAUGACUGUCCCUGUUGGAGUUCCUUACCUGCAGACUGUUAGCAUAACUCCAGGCUCUUCCUCUUCUCUGCCCUGCAGAGCCCCAGGGAAAAUCUCUCUCAUUAUUUCAUUUCUUGCUGUUUUUCCCAAGUGCCCAGUUGCUGUGGCUCUUGAGGGCAGGUGGAAUUUUGUAUUUUACCCCUGCAAAAUGCCUGCUCAGGUGUUCAUAUGCAAUUCCAGGGAGGCUUAAACUGUUCUAAUACUAGGUUUCCAUUGCCUCACCUGCUCCUGAUUGGCUGGCUGUGCUCUGCUACCUCAGCCUCUCAUGUCCUCUGCUCUGUGGUCCUGCUCAGAUUCACCUGACACAACUACGGUCUGGUUUUAGCUGGCAUCACACCUGGCCUGCCUCACUGCCUGGAUGCACAGCACCAGAGCUAGGACAAGGAAGGGGUAGUGGCAAACAGUGAGGGAGGCUGGAAGCUACACGAGUGCAUCAGCCCACAAUUAAAAUGGGCUUAGGCAGUCACAGCCUUAAAAAUGGGUUAUUUGCUGAAAGCUGACUCCUUGCUGGCCAUAUGCUUCUGAAGGAAUGAUGGGAGCAUCGAUAUGGGGAGAAGGAAGGGGGUGAAGGUAGCAGUUACCCAGUAAGUUUUCAUUUGAUGUGAGGUUAAUAUGGAUAACACAUGUUGCUAAACCCCAAGGCUGGACCUCAAAUUGGUCUUGUAACCUCAUAACCUGGUCAGGAGCUUUCUGCCUGUCUGUAUUUGUGCCUUUGGUCACUGGUAGUGUAGGACUGGCCCCUGACAUCCCCACAACUGCCACCCAGGCCCUUUGGCUUCCACCUCUGGGACUUGUUCCUUUUUUCACUGGUCACUCCAGUGCAGCUGAGCCUUCUCAUGCCCACUGUUUGUGGUUGGAGCACUCACAUGGGGCUUGGGCAUCCUCUCCUCACCUCUCUGUCAUGUGUGGGCUCAUGGUCCCAGGAAGAGCAGAGGGAACAGCAGAGCUGUAGCGUCUUCAGAGGACACACUUAUCUCACCAGAGACUAAACAAAACUUGCAGUAGAAGAGCUGCAAGUAUAUCGUCGUCACUGCAGAGAUGCCACGGAGUGCUGGCUGCUCAGACACGGCAGACUGGCUGCUACACCAAAGAUUUCAGAUUCACGAAGAUGAGUUUUCCAAGGGCUGGAGAUGCUCUUGCUUCUCUUCACUGACUGUUUCAGUCUUUGUCAGCCUUCCUCAGCUGCCCUCAAGCGGAUUGUUUGGCUGCCAUUCUUCUGAGCAUGCUGGGGAUUACAGAGUUAGUGCCAGUCUAGAGCCUGGUGACCUUGGAAGCAAAUCAUGCUGCUGAUGCUAGAGCACACAGGGCUAUGUUUGCUUAAAACCCCAGGAGGGAGUUGCCUCCUAGUCCAAACCGAGGCUCUUUGGGAAUCUGCUGUGCUGGGGAGUGGGUUUUACACCACAUGUCUCCAAAGAGGUUGUUUUAGUGGCCUGCUUGGCUCUCCUAGAUGAGUUAUUCCAGGCAGUUUAUGUCUGAUCCCUGAGUCCUUGGGCUGAGUGACAGGGGACAGAGUGCUCAGCUGAGCAGUUUUCAUCCUGCACUCCACAAUCUUUCUGCACUUUGGGCUUUGCAAAUGUUGUGCAUGUGUUUCUUGGCAGGGGAGAGCCAUUGGGAAACUUCCAUGGCUCAGGCCCAUGGUGUCCCAUGGUCCUGGCACAGAACAAAAAUUCAGUUGUGUCUCUUUUUUGCUGCCUAGAAAAUAAUGACCAAAAGCUGCAGCCACUGUGAAGAGGUUGUGAGUGUUGGGAGCACCCGCAGCUCUGGUCCGUGGGGCUAACACAGCUCCCAAGGGAUGGCACUGUUACAGGCAGCCCAGGGCUUGCUCCAGCCCUGUUUCUGCAGCCAUUCCUCUGUCCCACCUCUCUGGUUUUCCCUCAACUCUUCAGGCUGCUUUUUUAUGCCAAGGCACAGUCCCAGUCUCGGUGUGCAUGUCCCCCCUUCCCCUCAGGAAGCAGCAGUGCCAGUGUGAGGGGAGGGAGAGCUGCUUUCUCCUCUGAACCCUCACUCAGUGCACCACAUGGCUUGGAGCAAGAUUGUUGUUUUAUUUUUUAUUAACCUUUUUGUACCUCGGUCCCUCAUUUGGGGGAAUAAAAAGGGGAUGGACCCAGUUGUGGAAAGCAACCUGGGAGCUCUGCAUGCAGCAUGGUGCUACACUUUCCUGGGUAUCUACAUAUCUGGCUGUCAAUGCUUUCAUUCACAUCCAGGAGCUACACCUGGAAGGUGGAAACCAUGCGCAACUCUCUGCUGGGAAGCAGAGCCUUUUUCCUUUCAAAAAACCCUCCAAAACAGGCAAGUUGGCUGUGCUUGUUCACCUGGCACCCUGGGUACGGCACGACCGACCCCGUGAGGCAGCCAGGGAGGGGUCGCUCCGUUGUUAAAUUGCAUAGUUAAUUAAUUAAUCGGGAGUGGGGGGAGGUGUGCGUGAUUUGCUGUCCGAGGGUGGCACGGGGCUCCGGGCAGCUGUGAAAAUUAUGUCUGCAAAUAAAACGGUGAGAGCCA